CCAUGAUUAAAGCGAUUUAAACCAAAGCCUUUGCAUCACUAAAAAUUCACCGACUUUCUCUCGACUUUACAACCUCCGAUUUGCUUCGCCGCCAAAGUUCUCUGAAGAGAUCUUCGUUUCUACGAAAGGGAACUUCUGUCGAAGACUCUGCUCUACCAUGUCAGGAAGAAAGGAAACGGUGUUGGAUUUGGCUAAGUUCGUUGACAAGGGUGUGCAAGUUAAGCUCACCGGUGGUAGACAAGUCACUGGAACUCUCAAGGGCUACGAUCAGUUGCUCAACCUUGUUUUGGAUGGGGCUGUAGAGUUUGUUCGAGAUCAUGAUGAUCCUUUGACGACCACUGACCAGACGAGACCCCUCGGUUUAAUUGUUUGCCGUGGAACUGCAGUGAUGCUCGUCUCACCAACGGAUGGAACUGAAGAAAUCGCUAACCCGUUUGUUCAGACAGAAGCUCUCUAAAGACCAAAAAGAUUAUGCAUCUCUCUACUAUCUCUAUUAGUUUAACUUGGAGUUUAGAGAGUUAUGUAUCUGAGCAUCUGCCAUAACGUCGGAAACUAAUGUUUUCAUCAUAUACCUAUUUUGGAACAUCAUAUGCUUUUCUUCGUGUCUUUGCUAUAACUUUUCCGACCAAACUUGAAUUCAGUUGCUGUAAUAAAAUCAAGUAACUUCUCCGACCAAA